CGCGUGGCCUGCGGGUGGGUGUGGUUCCCCUUGCUCGGGGAAGUUUCUACUUCCAGUCAGUCAACCGGUUGAAUUAUUGGACAUGACGGCGACAGCUCCAGGUGGCGCGGACUGAAAGUGAAGACUGGUGGCGCGUUCUGCUCGGCUCCGCAGCCUGUGGACGGUGGAAGGUCUGCGCGUCGGGGCGGCUCCGCGCCGAUCGAGGUACCUGUCAACGCGAAGAAACAAUGGGCCUCCUGCAGCUGCUGAAGUCCCAGUUCUUGUGCCACCUGGUGAUGUGCUACGUGUUCCUGGUCAGCGGCGUCAUCAUCAACCUGUUGCAGCUCUGCACUCUGCCCCUGUGGCUGGUCAGCAAGCAGCUGGCCCGCCGGGUCAACAUCCGACUGUCCUACUGCAUCAGCAGCCAGAUGGUAGCUGCCCUGGAGUGGUGGUCUGGGACAGAGUGCACGCUCUACACGGAUCCAAAGAGUUAUCCACUGUAUGGAAAAGAGAACGCCAUCGUGGUCCUGAAUCACAUGUAUGAGAUCGACUUCCUGUGCGGCUGGACCUUCUGUGAAAGAUUCGGAGUCCUUGGCAGUUCGAAAGUGUUGGCCAAGAAGGAGCUGGCUUAUGUUCCAGUGAUUGGUUGGAUGUGGUACUUCAUGGAGAUAGUUUUCUGCAAGAGGAAGUGGGAGGAGGACCGAAGGACGGUGGCUCAGAGUCUUCAGAACCUGCGGGAUUACCCAGAGAACUACUGGUUCUUGCUUUACUGCGAAGGAACACGCUUCACGCCGAAGAAGCACCAGGUCAGCAUGCAGGUGGCUGAGAGCAAAGGUCUGCCCCAACUGAAGUACCACCUUCUGCCCAGGACCAAAGGAUUCUGGGUAACUGUCCAAAACCUCAGGGGAACUGCCAUGGCCGUGUAUGAUUCCACACUGAACUUCAGGGACAACGAGGCGCCGACCUUGCUCGGAAUUCUGAACGGGAAGAAAUAUCACGCGGAUUUAUACGUGAGGAGAAUCCCUCUAGAGCUGAUCCCCGAGGACGAGGCGGAGUGCGCUGCUUGGCUGCAUAAACUGUACCAGGAAAAGGACGGCUUUCAGGAGCACUACACACAGACAGGGCGUUUCCCCGGCACCACUGUGAGCCCUCCACGCCGACCCUGGUCCCUGAUCAACUGGCUCUUCUGGUUCUGCCUGCUCCUCUACCCUCUUGGCCUGCUGCUCGCUCAACUCAUCGGCUCCGGAUCGAUGCUCACCAUCGCAGCAUCUGUGGCUCUCUGCUCGGCAGCUUCCUUGGGAUUCCGUUGGAUGAUUGGCCAGACUGAAAUUGACAAAGGCUCGAGCUACGGCAAUAAAGAGGCUCCUCUGAACAACAACUGAGUGAUCCUGACCCGCCUCAGAACUGCUUCUUUGCACAACUGCUAAUCUACUGGCUGUAGGCAGCAGACGUUACAAACAGCCGUGUGACGGGGCCUUGCUGCGCCAACAAGUGCAAACUUGCUUCAAAGCAUAAAAACAAACAAGGCAGUCGUGUCCUGACGCUGCAGGCGCUCGACUUGUGAGGUCACGAAACUGGAGUGAGGGGAGCAGCUUCCUUUGGGGACCUUUUACAAUAAUAAGAAGAUGGGGAAUGACUCAAUGGUUUUCUCCUUUAAUGAGAGGCUUGAUUUUCAAAUAAUGUAAAUAAUAAAUGAUUUCUUACUGACAAUUAAAACUGGAAUUUUAAAUUUGA